AUUAUGAUCAAUUUACACUCACAAAGUAGUCUUCAGUUAUUUACUUGCACCGAAGUUUGACAGACACAAGUAAACAGUAUAAGCUAUCGAAAAUUUGAGGGUUAAUUAUAGUUUACCAAUGCCAACUUCCCUAUCGUGUUCAUAUUAGCAAUUAUUAGCUUCAUAGAUUAGUUUAAUACUUUCUAUGGAUCACCUUUACUUUGAUUCUGUUCCAGUAUGCAUUAAAAUGAAGGAUAAUGCUGGUUUGAAAAGAAUUAACAUCCUAAUAAAGUCCGAAAUGCACAGAUUGAAUUCAAUUUACAACCAAAAGUUCAUAUCCUGUAAAAAUGCGUCUAACAUAUGGAAACUUUUCAAAGAAAUUACUAGUGGUAAGCAGAUAAACAGUAUUCCUUAUUCCCUUGAUGUUUGCACAAUAAACAAGUCCUUCAUACAUUCUCCCACAAAUGCCAAACUUUCUAGUGUUACAAAUAUUAAUGAAACCUGCUUUCCUGGAUUUACUACAAAUGACGUUCUAAAAUGUCUCCAGUCUAUGAACCCUUCUUGUAGCCUGGGUCCAGAUGGUUUGCCUAGUGUUAUUCUUAAACAUUGUGCAGAUAUCCUGUGUUAUCCUCUCAAGGACAUAUUCAAUGAUUCUUUUUCCAAAAAUGUCGUGCCAGCCGCUUGGAAGGACAUUAAAAUUGUACCUAUUCCUAAGUCGUCUACUGCGACAUGUUUUAAAUUCAGACCCAUUGCUAUUACUUCCCCUUUUCUAAAAGCUAUGGAAAAGUUGCUCUUACUUAAUCUUCAGCCUUCACUUAAAGCCUUUAAUGAUCCCAAACAGUUUGCCUACAAACAUAGUAGAAGUACUUUGGACGCAGCUGCAGUCCUGCAUCAUAACAUUGUCUCCAGCUUAGACAAGGGGGCUAAAUUUGUUCGCUGCACCUUUCUAGAUUAUACAUCUGCCUUCGACUCAGUACCUAGGGACAUUUUACUAAACAAGCUUGCUGAAACUCAAACUGACUGUUGGGUUGUCAAAUGGCUCCAUUCUUAUUUCUCAGAAAGAAAGCAAUACACUGUAUAUCAGGGAAAGUCGUCCACUUCAUUGCUUACUCAGGCUGGUGUCCCUCAAGGCGCUGUCCUUUCCCCUUUUCUGUUUUCUUUCUUCUUGCAUGACUUGCCUCACUCCGAGGAAAUGAACUUUGUUAAGUAUGCCGAUGAUCUAACUAUUUCAAUGUCUGUUAACUCUCAACUUGACUGUAUUAAGAUUAACAACUUUUUAUCAGAAAUUAGCAAAUGGUCUUCGUCUAACGGCCUUAAACUUAAUCCUUCCAAAUGUCAGACUGUUAAUUUCAGUUUCCGAUGUAAACGAAAGUUAAAUGAAGCCGUUGGUUCCUAUGACCCUUGCAAAAUCGAUGAUACCGAUAUAGAAAGCAAGUCUGAAGUUAAGUAUCUUGGAUUAGUUUUCUCUUCUGACCUAUCUUGGUCUUCUCAUGUCUUAGCGAUUUCUCAAAGAAUAUUUCGUCUGACUUUUUACAUUAAGAAGUUAAGGCACUCAGGCAUAACGCAACCACUCCUCUUACAGUUUGUCAACUCGUGUAUUUUACCUAUUCUUCUUUACUGUUCACCCUUAUUCUUUCCUGGAUUGCUAAAAAAGGACUGUGUCAUACUUCGUAGAACUCUGAGGACUGUCAGUAGGACUAGUGGUAUCCCAUUGGGCCAUAUCGUUGGCAUUGUCACCGAUAGGCAUUUGAUGUCAUGCAACAGAUUCGCUAGAGGAAUUUUGUCAGACUCUGAGCACCCACUCUACCCGCAGCUCCAACCUUGUGUCUCCUCAGGUAAAACAAGAAGUCUUUUCAGAAGAAUUUAUGCACGUACGUCUAAGUAUAAAAAUUCCACUAUACCAUAUUUAGCACGUACUCUAUGUGAUGAAAAUAGUGUCAGAAAUGAACUAACUAACCUUCUUAGCACCACUAAAUAGACCAUUUCCUUUAACCUUAAAGCAUCAUACUUUAUUGUUAUUGUAUUUCUUAUAUUUAUAAUCCUCUCAAUUUUUUCGUUUUGUUUAUUUUAUUUUUCAUAACUGUGGACAUAAUUUUAAGCUGUAUUAUGACUGUUAACUUUGUAUUUCACCUCACUAUACCAUAUCAACAGAACAUUAGACCCAAUUAUCCAUAACAUGCUAAAGUUUCCAAACUAAAUCGACAAUACCGUUUGAAACAAACUCACUGUUAUUGGUAUUUAUUAUUAUUAUUACUAUUAUUAUCAUUACUAUAUCUAAUAAUUAUGUCGUUAAUGUGGACAAAUUUCUCCGAUUAAUUAAUUUUUGUUUUAAAUUUUUAAUUUUAUAUACACUUUGAGUAAAUCAGAUGCAAUAUUGUGACAAAUGCUGAGAAUUCCAUUCUGUAUUAUAAGUACUGUUUUUGGAAUAAAGUAAAUUAUUAUUAUUAUUAUUAUACAGUUGUGUAGAUGAGGGCCUGACCAAUGUAGUAUAUUCGAGUCAUCUCACAGCCAGAGAAAUUGUAGUCAUCAAGUGAAUAAUCCUGGUUAUCCAAAACUCUGUAUUAUUUAGACCUUCAGCUUUCAAUUUCGGUAACGAUAGUGUUGUUUACACAGAGUGGGGUUGUUAGCCUCGAACCCAACCAUCCCUCAUCACGAGGCUUACUACCGGCUAAGCAACGUUAGUGAAUGCAUCGUCCGGGAAUUGAAUGUGGGUCUACCAAGUGACAAACCUUAGAAUCACCACAAAAAAUAAAAAAACAUUGACAGCGUGUACUUAUUCGAAAAGACGCACUGACAACAGGAAAUAUACUGCCGGAAAACCAGAAAUACAUGCAGUUACCACCUACUUCUGUCAAAAUAAUCUUGACUUGAAAGGAAGUAGUGACGACAGAUGUAAAAAUUCACGUCAGGUCACGUGC